AUGCGGUCCCUGCUGCUGCUGGCUGUCUCGGCGUGCGUGCUGCUGGCCCGGGCGCGGCUGGCGGGCGGCGCGGGCGGCGCGGGCGCGGGGCGCGGGGAGGGAGAGGCGCCGGCGGCGCCGAGCAUCGAGGUGCUGGUGCUGCUGCCCCGGGACGACUCGUACCUGUUCUCGCUGGCCCGGGUGAGGCCGGCCAUCGAGUACGCGCUGCGCAGCGUGGAGGCCAACGGCAACGGCACCGGCACCGGCAGGAGGCUGCUGCCGCCGGGCACCCGCUUCCAGGUGGCCUACGAGGACUCGGCCUGCGGCAACCGCGCGCUCUUCAGCCUGGUGGACCGCGUGGCGGCGGCGCGCGGCGCCAAGCCCGACCUCCUGCUGGGGCCCGUGUGCGAGUACGCGGCGGCGCCGGUGGCCCGGCUGGCGUCGCACUGGGACCUGCCCAUGCUGUCGGCGGGAGCCCUGGCCGCCGGCUUCCAGCACAAGGACAGCGAGUACUCGCACCUCACGCGCGUGGCGCCCGCCUACGCCAAGAUGGGCGAGAUGAUGCUCGCCGUGUUCCGCCACCACCACUGGAGCCGCGCCGCCCUCCUCUACAGCGACGACAAGGUCGAGCGCAACUGCUACUUCACCCUCGAGGGCGUCCACGAGGUUUUCCAGGAGGAGGGCCUGCACACGUCCGCCUACAGUUUCGACGAGACCAAAGACUUGGACCUGGACGACAUAGUGCGCUACAUCCAGGGCAGCGAGCGAGUGGUGGUCAUGUGUGCCAGUGGUGACACCAUUCGGAGCAUCAUGUUGGCGGUGCACAGACAUGGCAUGACCAGUGGAGACUACGCCUUCUUCAACAUUGAACUCUUCAACAGUUCUUCCUACGGAGAUGGCUCGUGGAAAAGAGGAGACAAACACGACUUUGAAGCUAAGCAAGCAUACUCAUCCCUCCAAACAGUCACCCUACUGAGGACUGUGAAACCUGAGUUUGAGAAGUUUUCCAUGGAGGUGAAAAGUUCUGUUGAGAAACAAGGGCUCAAUGAGGAGGAUUACGUGAACAUGUUUGUUGAAGGGUUCCACGAUGCCAUCCUCCUCUACGUUCUAGCGUUACAUGAAGUUCUCAGAGCUGGCUACAGCAAAAAGGAUGGGGGGAAGAUCAUCCAGCACACUUGGAACAGGACAUUUGAAGGUAUCGCCGGGCAGGUGUCCAUAGAUGCCAACGGGGAUCGGUAUGGGGACUUCUCCGUGGUCGCCAUGACGGACGCUGAAGCAGGCACCCAGGAGGUGAUUGGUGAUUACUUUGGAAAAGAAGGCCGGUUCAAAAUGCGAUCCAAUGUCAAAUAUCCGUGGGGCCCGUUGAAGCUGAGAAUAGAUGAAACCAGGAUUUUGGAGCAUACCAACAGCUCUCCUUGCAAAUCGUCAGGUGGCCUAGAAGAAUCAGCAGUGACAGGAAUUGUUGUUGGGGCCCUACUAGGGGCUGGUUUGCUAAUGGCCUUCUACUUUUUCAGGAAGAAAUACAGAAUAACCAUUGAGAGGCGAAAUCACCAAGAAGAAAGUAACAUCGGGAAGCAUCGCGAGUUACGGGAAGAUUCUAUCAGAUCUCAUUUUUCGGUGGCUUAAAAGAAAUGCUCCCUUUUGUCUGCUUGAGAUUUCUUAAAGAGAUAAAUGGAAGGAAAGACAUCAGUGGAACAGAAAGGGCGUUCUUGGAGAAUUUCAUUCUUUCAUGCAAUAGUCAUUUCACUUUAAAUUUCCUUUAGAAGCUCAGGAAUGAUUAUUAAUCACUAUCUGCCUCUCAGCCUUUCAUCUCAUGGCAAACAAAUAUAAUGAUAAUAACAUCAUUCUAUUAAGUGGUCUGACUGCUGGAAGGGUAUAGUAGAUUUAUGUUUUGAAAGCCUGGUGUCUCCGUAUCUUGAUUGCUUUGGGGGCAUUUCACACAAGGAUAUAAAAAUGUGGUUUUUCUGAAAUGAAAUGUUUUGUAGCUAGAAUAAAACAAUUUUUACAAGUAGAAUAUUCUUGGAAAGAAUUUAAUACCCAAUAAGAGGACAAUGGAAUGAAAGAAAUCUCAAGGCUGGGAAUGCAGUGCUCCUCUCUUUGGAACUAAUGCACAGGUUUGUGGUUGACAAGGGCCGUGUCCAAUGUCCACAUUCAGGUCUGUCUUCAUAUCUCAAGAAAGGACCCUCCCUGUCUCUUUCAGUGUCUCAUAAGAGAUACCUUGGAAAACUGUAAAUAUUAGUGAGCUAGGAGGAUUUAUAUAAGAAGAAUGAGUCUAAAAUGUUUCUUUUAUGAUGUAAAAAAAGCCCUACUUCACACUAACAUUUUAUUUUUAAGUAUUUUAAUCUUAUAUUUUGGUAUUAGAAAUGUGUCUAUUUUUUCAUUUUGAAGAUUAAAUUUCACUUAUAUUGUAAAA